AUGGUUUUUCCAGACAGAAUCACUUCCGAGCUGACUCCAUUAUUACCAAAUGAUGAUGAACCACAUUUGGAUGAAGAAUACAAUUUAGGAGAUGAAUUUAUUCUUCAAGCAAUCCACACGAUUGAAUUUGUCCUGAGCACUGUGUCACAUACUGCUUCUUAUUUGAGAUUGUGGGCCCUUUCUUUGGCACAUUCACAACUUUCUGAAGUGCUCUGGUCGCGAGUGAUAUCAGGACCUUCUCAUCUCCGGGGUCCUUUGGCACCAUUAUUUUUAUAUGGAGCUUUUGCUGCUUGGGCAGUAUUGACUGUCACUGUUUUGGUUCUUAUGGAAGGAUUAUCAGCAUUUUUGCAUACCUUACGAUUGCAUUGGGUGGAAUACAUGAGCAAAUUUUACUCUGGAGAAGGAUACACCUUCAAACCGUUUUUCCUUUGA